UGUGGAGCAGUAAACGAAGAUACUAACGAAUAGUUAAUAGCCUCUUCCUGGUUGGAAAGACUCAGGACAGCCGAGAUGACACUGGGCCCAGCGGGGCCAGAGCGCCACGUGAGGGGAGAUGAUCAGACAGCCUUGGAAGCUCCUGGAAGCGGUGGCGGGUUCCCGCAUCCCGCGACCUGGCGGGCGGGGGGGUGGGGUGAAGCCGGCUGGCACCACCUGGUACAGGCUUGGGAAGCCCGCCCCUCAGGAGAUCAGACCUGCCUGUCCCGGGGCGGGGCCUCGGGAGUUCGCGGCCUGCGGAGCUGGAUGUGGGAGCCCGCAAGUCCUGGAGUCCAGAGGCCAAGGAGACAUGGCUGCCCCCCGCGAAGCUGAGAUCCGGAAGGAUGUGCAGACCUACUAUGGGCAGGUGCUGAAGAAAUCAGCAGACCUCCAGACCAGUGCCUGUGUCACUGCAGCCAGGCUGGUCCCCAAGCAUAUCCGGGAAGCCUUGAGGAAUGUACAUGAAGAAGUAUCCUCGAGGUAUUAUGGCUGUGGUCUGGUCAUCCCUGAGUGUCUGGAGAACUGCUGGAUUUUGGACCUGGGCAGUGGAAGUGGGAGAGAUUGCUAUGUCCUGAGUCAGCUGGUUGGUGAGACAGGACAUGUCACUGGGAUAGACAUGACGGAAAGUCAGGUAGAAGUGGCUAAGAAGUAUAUUGAAUAUCACAUGGAAAAAUACGGCUUCCAGACACCCAAUGUGACUUUUCUUCAUGGCUACUUAGAGAAUUUGGAGGAGACUGGAAUCAAGAAUGAGAGUUAUGAUAUUGUUAUAUCAAAUUGUGUCAUUAACCUUGUACCUAAUAAGCAACCUGUGCUACAGGAGGCAUACCGAGUGCUAAAGCAUGGUGGGGAGCUGUAUUUCAGUGACGUCUAUGCUAACCUUGAAUUGCCAGAAGAAAUCAGGACACACAGAAUUUUAUGGGGUGAGUGCCUGGGUGGUGCUUUGUACUGGAAGGACCUUGCCGUCCUUGCCCAAAAAAUUGGUUUCUGCACCCCACGUUUGGUCACUGCCAAUCUCAUUACAGUUCAAAACAAGGAAUUAGAAAGAGUGAUCGGUGACUGUCAUUUUGUUUCUGCAACAUUUCGCCUCUUCAAACUUCCUAAGACGGGACCAGCUGAAAGAUGCCAGGUGAUUUACAAUGGAGGAAUCACAGGCCACGAAAAAGAACUGAUAUUUGAUGCAAAUUUCACAUUUAAGGAAGGUGAAAUUGUUGAAGUGGAUGAAGAAACAGCAGCUAUCUUGAAGAAUUCACGAUUUGCCCAGAAUUUUCUGAUCAGACCAAUUGGAGAGAAGCUGCCAGCAUAUAGUGUCUGUUCUGCUUUAGGAUCAAAGGGUAUAAUCACAGAUCCAUUCAAGCUUGCAGGAGAGUCUGAUGAUGUAAAGCCCAGAUGUCCCUCUGACGUUGCUGGAGGCUGCUGUCCCUAAUUUACAGGUGAUCGGAAGAAAGGAGCAGAAAGUGAAGGACUUACAUGUGUCUUUUAAUCUACCCUUCUCCACAGCACAGACCAUAUGAAAGAAUAAAUGGCACAAAAGCCACUAUAUUCUAGGUCAUUGAUAAAAAUAAUGGAUUAUUUUUUAUAAGGUAUUAAUUGAAGGUUCAUAGCACAUGACCGUAAAGGCUGAUCAAACAGGUUUUCCUCUCUCUUUGCUAAUUCAAAGUUCUGGUGCCACUUAGUGGUCAGAUGUGGAACUGAGACGGGGUCUUCAGGCCUGGCCAAUGAGCAAGAGGAGCUUCAGGAGGAACGGUUGGCUGGCUGGCAGAGGGUCUCAGGAAAAACAUUUUCCUUCUGACCUGCAUAGCACCUUUUGGACUUUCACCAUGUUUGCUCAUAAAACAAAGCUCCUACUGAAAUCAUGCUAAUCAUGCCAAGAAAUUGCAAAAUCAAAUUUGGUAGAAGUGCUCUUCAGACAACUUCUAAAUCAAACUUUUUUUUUUUUUGCAACUGAAUGAAGAAAACAAAUGAAUAAUGAAUCUCUUUGCCCUCAUUAGAUCCUAAAGAAUGACACCGUAGUGACUAUCUAUAGUAAAUCCUUACUGGAUCAGGAAAAGAGUAAUAAUUUUUUAUAAAGAGAGGUAAGAGAUGUAAAAACAGUGGGUUUUCUUUUUCUUUGUAAUGUGCCCCAGUUAAAACUUCUGGGAAACUAUUAGAUUUAUUUCUAGCUUCCAUAGUUAAAGAAUGAGAUUGAGGACUAUUUCAGGAUGAUGUCAUCAUUAGAAAUGAGAACAUUAUUUAAUUGAAGUCCAGUUCCACUUGAAGACUUUGUUAGGGGACACAGAAUGGUGUAAGUCAUACAUAAGCCAUGGUCCUUGUCAUCAGGAGCUGAUCAAUCCUUUAAUAACAGCUGUCAAGUGAUGAAGAGUUGUUUGUUUUUUU